AUGGCCGACGAAAUAGCACGUGUUCAACAAUAUGAAUAUAGACAGAAUAGUAAUCUUGUUUUGCAAGUGGAUUUUAAUUUUACUGAUCGUCGAGGUCGUGAUGAACCGACUGGUGAAGUUAUGCCUCUUACAAAAAAUAUGUUGGCUGGUGUUAAGAUGGGAGACAAAUUUAUGCGUAUGAAGCCUCCUCAGGGUGAUCAAAAAAAAUCGAAAAAGAAAAAAAAAAAUGAUACAGAUUUGUCAGUUCCUAAUGCUGCAACAGCAACAUUACUUGGCGAUUCAAAUAGCGAAAUGUUAAGUUUAUAUAAACCGAGAACUCAAGAAACGAAGCAAACAUACGAAGCUAUUCUUGCAUAUAUUCAAGAUGCAAUUGGUGAUCAACCGCGAGAUAUUUUAUGCGGUGCUGCUGAUGAAGUUUUGGCUGUAUUAAAAUCUGAAAAAAUACGUGAAAAAGAUCGAAAAAAAGAAGUGGAACUACUUCUUGGACCUCUCACUGAUGAACGUAUUGCAGUAUUAAUGAACCUGGCAAAAAAAAUUACAGAUUUUUCAUUAGAUGAGGAUAGAAUUCAACCUGAUAACCAAGACGAAAUCGAUGAAACGAUUGGAGUGAAUGUUCAUUUCGAUGAUUCAGAUGAUGAAGCAGAAGGUGAUGAGGCAAUGGAAGAUGUGGUGAAGGAAGAAGAUGAAGAUGAUGAAGAAGGUGGUGUCGAAGCAGUAUUUGAAGAGACAUUAAAAGCUGGCCUUAUGGAUGAAGAAGAUGCUAGUGGUAAUCGCAAAGGUGUUUUAAAUGCUCGUGAUAUUGAUGCACAUUGGAUCCAGCGUUCUCUUUCUAAAUUUUAUAAAGAUCCGAUUAUUGCACAACAAAAAGUAAAUGAAGUUCUCCACAUAUUGAAGGAGGCUUCAGAUGAUAGAGACUGCGAAAAUCAACUUGUUUUACUUCUUGGUUUUGAUCAGUUCGAAUUUAUUAAAGUACUGCGUCAACACCGUCAAAUGAUUUUAUAUUGUACUUUACUGAAACGUGCGCAAGAAGGUAAGGAAAGAGAAGAAAUUGAGAAAGAAAUGCUCAGUAAACCAGAAUUGCAUUCUAUCCUUACUGAAUUGCAAGAAGUUGAAAAUACCGAUAUUAUCGAGUCAGAACGAGAAAAAAGAGCACGUGCUCAACAACAACGACGCAUGGCGGGUGCCCAAGGUCGUGGAGAUGAAGCAACAUCAGCUGGAAACUGGAUGCAGUCACGCAAAAUCCUUGAUCUUGAAGAUCUUUCAUUUGCGCAUGGAUCACCUUUUAUAGGAAAUAAGAAAUGUCAUUUGCCAGAUGGUUCAUAUCGUAAACAGAAGAAAAGCUAUGAAGAACUUCACGUUCCAGCGCUCAAACCUAAGCCAUUCGGAGAAAAUGAGAAAUUGGUUACAAUUGCCGAGUUACCAAAAUUCGCCCAGCAAGCAUUUGAUGGAUACAAAACACUCAAUCGAAUCCAGUCAAAAUUAUACGAGUCAGCUCUUAAAACUGACGAACAUUUAUUGCUAUGCGCACCAACAGGCGCUGGUAAAACUAAUGUAGCACUUUUAUGUAUUUUGCGCGAAAUUUCAAAGCAUAUGAAUGAGGAUGGUUCGAUAAGAGUUGAUGAAUUUAAAUGCAUUUAUAUUGCGCCAAUGAAAUCACUUGUCCAAGAAAUGGUUGGCAAUUUCAGCAAAAGACUGGCUCCAUAUAAAAUUGUGGUUGGUGAAAUGACUGGUGAUCAGCAGAUGAACAAGGACCAGUUCAUGCAAACGCAAAUUAUCGUUUGUACGCCGGAGAAAUAUGAUAUCGUGACUAGAAAAGGUGGCGAGCGAGCCUACAGCCAAUUAGUCAGUUUAUUAAUUAUUGAUGAGAUCCAUUUACUUCACGAUUCAAGAGGACCAGUUUUAGAAGCCAUAGUUGUUCGAACCCUACGUCAAAUGGAGCAAAAUCAUGAGGAAUGUCGCUUAGUGGGAUUGUCGGCCACUUUGCCAAAUUAUCAAGAUGUCGGGACAUUUUUGCGUGUAAAGCCUGGUCACCUUUAUUUCUUUGAUAAUAGUUUUCGACCUGUUCCUCUUGAGCAACUUUAUAUUGGAAUAACAGAAAAGAAAGCCUUAAAAAGAUUCCAAGCAAUGAAUGAAGUCGUUUAUGAUAAAGUUAUGGAACAUGCAGGAAAAAGCCAAGUUCUCAUUUUCGUUCAUUCUCGUAAAGAGACUGCAAAAACAGCUAAAGCAAUUCGUGACACCUGCCUGGAAAAAGAUACUUUAAGUGCUUUUAUGCGUGAAGGAAGUGCUAGUACGGAAAUUCUACGAAGCGAAGCUUCACAAGUUGCAAAUGCUGAUUUGCGUGAUUUGAUUCCAUAUGGUUUUGCAAUCCAUCAUGCUGGAAUGACUCGAGUCGAUCGUACCUUAGUUGAAGAUCUUUUCGCUGAUCGCCAUUUACAGGUGCUUGUUUCAACAGCAACACUUGCUUGGGGUGUAAAUCUACCAGCGCAUACCGUAAUCAUCAAAGGAACACAGAUUUAUAAUCCUGAAUUGGGCAGAUGGACUGAAUUAGGGGCACUGGAUGUUAUGCAGAUGCUUGGAAGAGCAGGAAGACCACAAUAUGAUUCUAAAGGAAAAGGUAUUAUGAUUACUAACCGGUCGGAAUUGCAAUAUUAUCUUUCUUUAAUGAAUCAACAGUUACCAAUCGAAAGUCAAUUGAUUUCUAAGUUACCUGAUGUUUUGAAUGCCGAAAUUGUUUUGGGCUCAAUAAACAAUGUAAGCGAUGCAAUGAACUGGCUGGGAUAUACAUAUUUAUAUUUGAGGAUGGUUAAAGCGCCAACUUUAUAUGGAAUCUCUCAUGAACAAGCGAAGAGUGAUCCUCUGUUGGAACAACGUCGAGCAGAUUUAGUUCAUACUGCAGCAGUUCAGUUGGAAAAAGCAAAUCUUAUAAAAUAUGACCGCAAGAGUGGAUUUAUUCAGGCAACUGAAUUGGGGCGUAUUGCAUCUCAUUAUUACUGUACCCAUGACACUAUGCAAACCUAUAAUCAAUUGUUAAAGGCAACAGCAACUGAAAUAGAUCUUUUCCGCAUUUUUUCCAUGUCUUCUGAGUUCAAACAUAUAAUGGUUCGUGAAGAGGAAAAAAUUGAAUUGCAAAAACUGGCAGAGCAUGUACCUAUUCCUAUUAAGGAAAGUCUGGAGGAAAGUAGUGCGAAAGUUAAUGUGCUACUUCAAGCAUAUAUUUCACAAUUAAAAUUGGACGGUUUCGCAUUGCAAUGUGAUAUGAUUUUUAUAAGUCAAUCUGCUGGUCGCUUAUUUCGUGCAUUAUUUGAAAUCGUUUUAUUUAGAGGAUGGGCGCAUUUAGCGCAGAAAGUUCUCGGAGUCUGCAAAAUGGUUAAUGCACGCCAAUGGCAAUCUUUAAAUCCUCUUCAUCAGUUUAAGAAAAUUCCAUUGGAGAUUUCUCGUAGUAUUGAUAAGAAAAAUAUUUCCUUCGAGCGGUUAUAUGAUCUUGAUCAGCAUCAACUUGGUGAACUGGUCAAAAUGCCGAAAAUGGGAAAACCACUUUACAAAUUUAUCCGUCAGCUACCGAAAUUGGAUAUGACUGCAAUGAUCCAGCCAAUUACCCGUUCUACAUUACGCAUCGAAUUGACCAUAACUCCUGAUUUUCAGUGGGAUGAACGAGUUCAUGGCAGUGCUGAAGGUUUUUGGAUAUUUGUUGAAGAUGUUGACGGAGAGUUAAUCUUGCAUCAUGAAUAUUUUCUUCUGAAACAAAAGUUUUGUGAAGAUGAACAUCUUGUUAAAAUGUUUGUACCAGUUUUCGAUCCUCUUCCACCUUUAUAUUUCAUUCGAAUAGUUUCUGAUCGAUGGUUGGGUAGCGAAACAAUUCUUCCCAUUUCAUUUCGCCAUCUUAUUCUACCUGAGAAAUAUCCACCUCCAACAGAACUUAUUGAUUUACAGCCAUUGCCAUUAUCUGCUCUUAAUAAUCCUCAGUUUCAGUCUAUUUUCUUGGAGAAAAAUAUAAAAGUUUUCAAUCCUAUUCAAACCCAAGUAUUCCGAACGGUAUAUGAAGGGAAUGACAAUGUUUUUAUUGGUGCUCCACAUGGCAGUGGGAAAACAGUUUGCGUUGAAUUCGCAAUUCUUCGCCAUUUCGACAAUAAUCCUGAUGCUAAAGCAAUAUACGUUACAACUAUAGAAGAUCUUGCUGAAAAGGUUUUCGCCGACUGGCAAGAACGAAUUGGUGGAGCGCUUGGAAAAACGGUUGUCAUUUUAACUGGAGAACCAUCUACAGAUUUAAAAUUGCUGCAGCGAGGUCAGUUAAUUAUAGCAACCCCAGAGCGUUGGGAUAACGUUAGUCGACGUUGGAAGCAGCGGAAAAAUGUUCAAGCGGUCAAAUUGUUUAUUGUUGAUGAUUUGCAUAUGAUUGGCGGGAAUAAUGGGCCUGUGCUAGAAAUAAUUUGUUCACGAAUGCGAUAUAUGUCAUCACAGCUGGAUUCUCCAAUAAGAAUAAUUGCUUUGUCGUCUUCACUAGCAAACGCCCGUGAUAUUGGCCAAUGGCUUGGUUGUUCUUCUCAAGCAACAUUUAAUUUCGCUCCGAAUUGUCGGCCACUUCCUCUCGAAUUAUUCAUCCAGGGUUUUAAUCUAUCGCAUACCGCAUCCAGGUUAGCAGCGAUGGCCCGACCCGUUUAUGCAGCAAUUGUGCGUCACGGUGGCAAAUUACAGCCUCGGCCUGCUCUAGUUUUUGUGCCCAGUCGGCGACAUUCUCGUUCUACAGCUGUUGAUAUGAUUACAAUGGCCCAUGCUGAUGGACAGCCUAAGAGAUUUCUUCAUAUAAAUUCUCAAGAACCUCGAUUUGUGCAAUUAGUAGAUGCUGAUAAGACUUUGAAAGAAACACUCGCUUGUGGUGUUGGUUUUCUUCAUGAAGGAACGACAGCUAAGGACAUGACUAUAGUGGAACAAUUGUUUCAGAGUGGCGCGGUGCAGGUUUGUAUCGUUCCACGUUCAAUGUGCUAUCAAAUAUCGAUGUUUGCUUACGUAGUUAUAAUUAUGGACACACAGUUUUAUAAUGGGAAAUAUCAUGUCUACGAAGAUUAUCCUAUUGGAGACGUUCUUCACAUGGUAGGUCUCGCCAACCGUCCUGGUAUUGAUGAAGAUGCAAAAUGUGUUUUAAUGUGCCAAACAUCAAAGAAAGAUUUAUUCAAAAAAUUUCUUUACGAACCGCUGCCUGUUGAAUCACAUCUGGAUCAUUGUUUGCAUGAUCAUUUCAAUGCUGAAAUCGUCACGAAAACUAUUGAGAAUAAGCAAGAUGCUAUCGACUAUCUAACAUGGACCUUACUUUAUCGCAGAAUGACUCAGAAUCCUAAUUAUUAUAAUUUACAAGGUGUUACACAUCGUCAUCUGUCAGAUAGUUUAUCUGAACUCGUUGAAAAUACACUAAAAGAUUUGGAGAAUUCGAAAUGUAUUACUAUUCGGAACGACAUGGAUACCCAUCCAUUGAAUUUGGGCAUGAUCGCUGCUUAUUAUUACAUCAGCUAUACAACUAUCGAAGUAUUCAGUAUGUCUUUAACAGCCAAAACAAAAUUGCGAACGCUUAUUGAAAUAAUCAGUAAUGCAAGCGAAUUUGCUAACAUGCCUAUACGUUAUAAAGAAGAUAUUAUCCUAAAACAACUUGCUGAUCGACUUUCGACUACUCAAAAACAUCAAAAAUUCACAGACCCUCACGUCAAAGUGAAUUUGUUGUUAAAUGCUCAUUUGUCGCGAAUACAACUAUCGGCGGAACUCAACAAAGACACUGAAAUCGUAGUAUUGAAAGCAAUUCGAUUAGUUCAAGCCUGUGUUGAUGUAUUGAGCAGUAAUGGUUGGUUAAUGCCGGCAAUUCACGCUAUGGAAUUAUCACAAAUGCUUACUCAGGCGAUGUUUACUAGUGAAUCUUAUAUGAAACAGCUUCCUCACUGUACGUCGGCUCUUUUGGAACGUUGCAAAGAAAAGAAAGUUGCCUCUGUUUUUGAUUUACUCGAUCUUGAAGACGAUGUCCGCCAAGAUCUCUUGCAGAUGACUCCUGCCCAAAUGGUUGAUGUCGCCAAAUUUUGCAAUAACUAUCCUAGCAUUGAACUUGAAUAUAAAAUUGAAACUGAUGGUGGAGACACAGUUAACGUCAGCGUGGAAAUGGAACGCGAAAAUGAUUUAAAUGGUAUGGCUCCUCCAGUAGUUGCUCCACUAUUUCCACAGAAGCGAAAGGAAGAAGGGUGGUGGUUGGUAAUCGGAGAUCAUGCAAAUAAUGCGCUGUUUUCGAUAAAAAGAUUAACUGUGCAUCAAAAAGCAAAGAUGUCAUUAGAUUUCACAGCGCAAACCGUGGGAAGAAUGCAUUAUAAACUAUACUUCAUAUGUGAUUCCUAUUUGGGAGCAGACCAAGAAUUCGAUCUCAAAUUCCGCGUUGAAGAAGUAGGUCGCAGCAGAAAGCGUGUUAAAGACGAGGAAUAA